AUGAAGAGAGGGCAGCAGCAGUCCCAGACCGGGGAUCCUGGAGGCGCCACACCCAUGCAGCAGCCUCAGACAGAUUGGCGGUCCGUUGCGGACGCCGCUGCGAACAUACCGAACGCUCUGUACGUCUCUAGAGCAGUCAAAAACGCCAGUCAGUCUGUGGAAACGGCAAAGCAAUUUGAGGAGAUGAAAAAGCAGAACCAAAGGACCGAGCAGCGACUUGCCGAGCUGGAACAGACAUGUGUUUCCUCCGGGCAGCCAGUGUUUGCCGGGCGUCUUGGCCCUACAGGAGGGAAGGGGCCCAUUGGGCCAGUUGGCCCUGUGUCUGCCGGGCCUCCUGGGCCACCUGGCCCACCAGGGGAGAAGGGAGCCAUUGGGCCAACUGGGCCUCGUGGAGAAAAGGGGGGCAUAGGGCCAACUGGCCCCGGGUCUACUGGGCCUCCUGGUCCACCAGGAGCCAUUGGGCCACCUGGCGCUGUGUCUGCCGGGCCACCUGGGCCUCCUGGGCUACCUGGCGCACCAGGAAAGAAGGGGACCAUGGGACCAGUUGCCCCUGUGUCUACUGGGCCUCCCGCGCCACCUGGCCCGCCAGGAGAGAAGGGAGACAUUGGGCCAACUGGGCCUCAAGGUCGGAUGGGGCCCCCUGGGCCAAGCGGAUGCUUGGGCCAAAAGGGAGAAACGGGGCCAAUUGGGCCUCAAGGGCAGAAGAGGCCGCCUGGGUUCCAAGGGCCACCGGGACGCCCGGGACAAAAGAGUGCAAUUGGGCCAACCGGGCCGCAGGGGCCGAAGGGGCCCCCUGGGUUCCAAGGGCAAGGCCAACGCCCGGAACAAAAGGGUAAAACGGGGCCACAUGGGCGGGUCAAGUCAACGCCACACUGCAAGUCUAAAGGAGAUUGUCCAAAAGGUUAUAAGAAGUCCCGUGAUACCUGCUACAAGGCUUACGACACUUUUAGCAGCUUCGGCGGAGCGAGCGAGAUCUGUCGUCGAGAUGGCGGCACCCUCGCCAUGCCCCAAAACCCUUGGAUCGACGCUUUUCUGAUUUCGCUGUAUAGGGCCACUGGCUCUACUGGCUCAUUCUGGUUCGGCCUUUUCGAUCGGCGCAAGAAAGCUGUGUUCGAGUGGGUGGACGGCACGCCCCUUCGGGGGUACACCUCGUGA